CUUCAUGGCUGAUUUUUUCGCUAUUGUGGCUUUGCUGCAAGGAUCUAUGUCCAUUAGUAAUGCUCUUCAUAAAAUCGUCUUCGACAGAAUCUAUGUCCACCAAAUCACUCCUACCCGGUUGUAAUCUCCAGUAAAGCACAAUAUUUGGUUCUGCUACAUCCACGUCAACAAAUUCUGUAGGAUUGGGGUCACAAAAGCCUUCUACCUCCUCCAGCUAUCCAAUAGAAAAAUAAAAGCCUCCAAAAGUGUUAAAACAAAAUUGAUACAGCCUUACAAACCCCACUCGAUUCCCUAGAUUCAAACAUCUAUUUGUGAAUACAAAUUAAGCCCUCCAGAAAACGCAAAAAUGCGGCUUCUUCAACGUCUUUUAUCCCAAAUCUCGCCAAACCCAUUGAAAAACCCACCAACUCUUAAGCUUCUUUCUACCUUUUCUCAACCCUUUUCUACAAACUCCAGUAAUGGAAAAAACGAAGACGACGGUAAUUGGGACAACCCAUUGGGUGGUAGCACUGGGAAUGGCUCUGCUGACUUGGGAUGGGAUGUCUCUUCAUCGUGGUCAACGGGUUUGACCAAGGAACAUUUCGACGGCGAAGUCGUCGGCCACCAAAUCAAUCCGAGCACACCCGGCACUGGAAACUACACUGCGGGUGAUGAGUAUUCUCAAUUUGGGUCGGCGAGGUGGACUGAUACAGAAAUGGAGAAAUUGAAGGAAUUGGAAGCUGAGAACCGGAAGGGCAAGGCGUUUGUGGAAGGGUGGGGAGAGAGGAUGAGGGAAGUGAAUGUUUUGUUAAAGCAGGUUAGAGAGCCAGGGGCGAGAGGAGCGUAUCUGAAGGAUUCGGAAAAGGCGGAGAUGUAUAAGAAGCAUAAGGAAAAUCCUGAGGUUUAUACAGUGGAGAAGUUGGCCAAGGAGUAUAGGAUCAUGAGGCAGAGGGUGCAUGCUAUUCUGUGGCUAAAGGAGCUGGAGGAGGAGGAGGAGAAGAGGCUUGGACACCCGCUGGAUGAUUCCGUUGAGCUCCUGUUGGAUACUUGCCCCGAGUUCUUUAAUUCUCAUGACAGGGAAUUCCAUGUUGCAUCUCUUCCUUACAAGCCAGAUUUCAAAGUCAUGCCAGAGGGUUGGGACGGCACCACGCGGGACCCAGAUGAGGUGCAUUAUGAGAUAUCAAUGAGGGAAGACGAGAUGUUAUAUCAGGAUUUUGUCCAAAGGAUGAAUUUUAACAAAAUGAAGAUGGCAAAGAAGGUGAAAUGCCAUAAAUAUAGCCGAAGGCGCCCAUCUGAAGGGUGGAAUUUUAUGGUUGAGAAGCUGGGGCCACGUGGGAAGCGUGGAAAUGGGGGCGGCUGGAAGUUUAUCAGUAUGGCAGACGGGUCGAGCCGACCUCUAAACGAAAGGGAAAAAAUGUUUGUCAAGAGAGAGACUCCUCGCAGGCGGCGCAAGAUUCUCCCCUGAGAUCCCAUCAUCAAGAAGACCUUAGAUUUUUGUCAAUCCGGUAGACACUUGAAUUGAUGGUGGAGAUUUUGAGACACUAUUUGCUUUCUACAGUCUUAAAGUUUUUUUGUGAUGUUAAGAAUCAUUUUUUUAGAUUUGCUUUUGAUGGUAUGAUGUACCCAUAUAAGUAAAAGGUCGAAUGCAGAAACUUGAGGCAAAACUCAGGUGUACCUCAUUAAAUGACUUUAGCAAUAACCUUGGCUACUGGAUUGUGGUUUAAGAUGGCCAUGAGGUCGUUGAGUGGAUUCAGCCUCAAUUUUAAGCUUGACCUACGCUCUUC